AUGAAAAAAAUCCGAGGCUUCUUGCUCAAACACCGGGUCACCACCCUUUUUCGGUGGUUCCGCCGAAACUUCUCGUCGGCGGCGUACCACCGUCUGGACCCACAUAAGACAUGCGAGUCAAGAGUCUCCAGACCCAUUUCCAAAAUUUUCAGAUGGGCUCACCGACUCAGAGCCAAAAUCAUAUGCUCCAAGAAUUCUCAGCCGGGUUCGAAUCGGGGCUACAUGCAUAUCGGAGAAGACCCGGUUCAGGAAAAACCGGUAUCUGUUCCGAAGGGUCACAUGGCGGUGUACGUGGGUCAAAAAGACGGUGACUUUAGGAGGAUUCUUGUGCCUGUGAUGUACUUCAAUCAUCCAUUGUUUGGAGAUUUGCUGAGAGAAGCUGAGAAGGAAUACGGGUACAAUCAUCCGGGUGGUAUCACUCUACCUUGUCGGAUCUCGGAGUUUGAGAGCGUCAAGACCAGGAUCAAGGCCAGCCGGACCCCCCGGAAAACGCUGACAAGGAAUACGGGUACAAUCAUCCGGGUGGUAUCACUCUACCUUGUCGGAUCUCGGAGUUUGAGAGCGUCAAGACCAGGAUCAAGGCCAGCCGGACCCCCCGGAAAACGCUGA